UGUCCCUGGAAUAAUUUCUAGGUCAGCGUUCUCUGUGUUGGUGCUCUGCCUGUGUGCUGGUGCCUGCGGUCUCUGCUAGUCUGCCGAUCACCUAAGCGAUCAGCUGUGAGCCUGUGAUGAUGGAGGCUGCCGCAGUGCCAAAGCUAGCCUGGCGGGUGGUGAAGCCACACAUCCCACUGAUCAGGUUUCGCAAAGGCAGCCCCUUGGAGCUUGUACGUGGCAGCCAAGAACCAAAUGCUGUAGCUGGGAAGGCUGCUCUGGGAGGUGUCACUCAGGCUCCAAAGGUGCUAGAGGAAUGGGAAGUGCCUUACAAAUACCGCAGGCCUCUCAUCACUGAAGAGGAAAUUGAAUACAUUAAUAGAGGAGGUCCAGCCUAGACCCAUACUUUCUAAUUAAGGACAAUGUACAUACUUUGAUGUUAAUUCUCUAAUUUUAAGUAAAUAUUGAUUAUAAAAUUUAA